AUGGCGCUUAAUCCGAGAUUCGCUGGCCAAAGACUGCUUGCUUCUGCAGUCCAACAACCACAGCACACCCUCGAGCUGUACCUCGACUACGUUUGUCCUUUCUCUGCGAAAUUGUACAAGACGUUCUACAGUUCAGUCAAGCCUGUGAUCGAGAAGCAGUAUGCGUCCAAGCUGCAGGUGAUCUUCCGUCAACACAUUCAACCCUGGCAUCCAUCGUCGACUUUGACGCACGAAGCUGGGGCGGCGGUCUUGAAUAUAGCCCCCGAGAAGUAUUGGGACUUCAGUGCAGCCCUGUUUGAGCACCAGAAAGACUACUUCGAUGUCAGCGUUGUCAAUGAGACACGCAACAAAACCUAUGAGAGGCUUGCCAAGCUUGCGGGGAGCGUGGGAGUCGACGAGCAGGAGGUCCUCCGGAUGUUGAUGGUCAGCGACAAACCAAGUGCCGACGGGCAGCUGAAUACCGGAAAUCAAGUCACCAACGAUGUCAAACUGAUGGUGAAGGGGAUUGAAGAGCCGGCGAUUAGCAGUAGUUUCACGGCUACCCAGUGGGAGGAAUGGUUGGCUAAAAAUAUCGCCUGA